AUGUCGUGUCUACCCCAACGCUGCGCCCGGCAGCUCCUCCGAGAGCCCUUCCAGCGCGGCUCAUUACCUCUUUUCCUCACCCCCGCCUUCUCCCCAUCCCAUACGCAAUGCUUCUCGACUUCAUUCCCGAUGCAAUCCCGAGUCGGCGGCGCCGCCAUCUCCGUUCCCCCCGAAGUGUCAUUGAACCUGGUCGAUAUUCCCAAGACUGCUACCCGGGCUCGUGGAAAGGAUGUGCCCAAGUUUACCGCGCAGAUUAAGGGUCCCAAGGGCGAGAUGUCUCUUACUAUUCCCUCGUUCUUGGAUGUAAACUACGAUGCCGCCAACUCUAAAGCUACUCUUUCUGUUUCGGACGCGGAGCAGCCUCACCAGCGGGCUAUGUGGGGCACGACGCGCGCACUCCUCCAGAAUCACAUCAUCGGCGUUUCGGAAGGUCACAUCUGUAUUCUCAGUAUGGUUGGUGUCGGUUACAGGGCUACCAUCGAGUCCAAGCCCACUACCGUGACUGCCUCCUAUCCCGGCCAGCAAUUCGUCUCUCUGAAGGUCGGCUUCUCCCACCCCAUCGAACUCGGUAUUCCUGAGGGAAUCAAGGCUAGCACACCCCAGCCCACCCGCAUUCUCCUGGAGGGCGUCGACAAGCGCAAGGUGACGCAGUUCGCCGCCGAGAUCCGUGAAUGGAGACGGCCGGAGCCUUACAAGGGCAAGGGUAUCUUCGUCAAUGGCGAGACUAUCAAGCUCAAGGCGAAGAAGAUUAAAUAG